GGGACGGGGCCGCGGCCGCCCGGGGAGGGGCGGCGGGACCCCGGCUCCCCCGCAGUGCCCAGCGCUCCCCCAGCCGCUCUGCCGGCUUGUUCGCAUGACUUUGUGUGUGUGCGUGGUGCAGAUGCGGAGUCAGCGCUGCAGUCGGUGCUGGCGUGAGUGUGAGUGAGUGUGUGUGUGUGUGUGUGUGUGUGUGUUGGAGAGAUUAGGACGAGACUUGAAUAUUUAUGAGCUUUGCUUGAAACUGACUCGCAGUGUUUACUUGCCUCUUUGUUCCUUACCCCCCUCCCUCCCCCGUCCACACACAUACAUACAUUUAAAAAAAUCCAUUAAACUUGAAACAGUUUCUAAUUCCUCCUUUUUUGUGGGGAGACUUUUUUUUUUUUAAUAGAAACUAGUUGCACAGAUGAAGCAAGAUCCACAGAACGGGGAUCUUAAGAAACAAAUCCAUGAAAGGCAAUCGAGAAUAGCAGCUCUUAACGAGAAACAAACUUUGGGAACGAUCACUGCAGUGCCCAUUAAGGUUCCUCAGGUCAGCUCCUUGCAGAGGUUGGCAGGACAAGGACCAGCAGUGCUACCUCAGGUUAGGCCAAAGACCCUGAUUCCAGACAGCCUCCCAAUCUCCCCGUGCCGAGACCAACCUUCCAAGCAGCCUCCCACCUUCCAGAAGGCAACCAUAGUGAGCAUCAAGAACCCCAGCCCUGCCCUCCCGACCGCCAACAACACCGUGGGCCAUGCGCCAACGCGCGCCAGCCAGCCCCAAGGCGCCGCCGAGCCCGCGGCUCUCUCAUCGCCUCUGAGCGGGGCCGGCGUGGCCUAUGCCAUCAUUUCCACCUCCCCCAGCCAUGCGGGCCCCCUCAGCUCCAGCGCCGCCGGCCCGGGGGGCAGCGACGGCAUCCAGGUGCAGCCGCUGCUCAUCAGCGCCGACAGCAAGGUUAUCAUUAUUCAACCUCAAGUCCAAACCCAGACAGAAAGUAAACUGGAGACAAAGAAAUCUCCUGAAGAGUCAUCUCAGGGACUGCCUGCUACCAAAAAGAAAAAGGAGGAAAAUCCAGAGAAAAUUGCCUUCAUGGUAGCACUAGGACUGGUUACAACAGAACAUUUGGAAGAAAUCCAGAGCAAGCGUCAGGAAAGAAAGAGAAGAAGCACAGCAAAUCCAGCCUACAGUGGGCUCUUGGAAACAGAGAGGAAACGCCUCGCAUCGAAUUAUUUGAAUAACCCCUUGUUCAUUUCAACGAGAGCAAAUGAGGAUUCAUUCUGGAAGAACGAGAUCCAGCACGAUGAGCACUGCGCCGCCUGCAAGCGUGGAGUGAACUUGCAGCCCUGUGGCACAUGUCCCAGAGCAUAUCACCUCAACUGCUUGGACCCACCCCUCAAAACUGCCCCCAAAGGGCUCUGGGUCUGCCCAAAGUGCCAACAGAAGGUUUUAAAGAAAGAUGACAAUGUGCCAUGGACUGGAACUCUGGCUAUUGUUCACUCCUAUGUUACUCAUAAAACAGUCAAAGAAGAAGAGAAACGAAAGUUACUAAAGAGAAGCAGUGAACUGAAGAGUGAGCAUAGACAAUUAGAAGAAAAAGAUCGACUUCUCAACAGUGCAGUGAAGAAAUGCUUAGAGUUAAAAACCAGCCUGAUGGCCCAGCAGAAAGGGACUCAGUCGUCACUGGAACGCCUCAAAGCCCUCAUUAGACUGAUACAGAGCGAGCAGAUGAUUCAGGUUACCAUGACCACCACCACCACCACCUCCCUGCUGGCCAUCCCCUGGAUCAAGCCCUCGGCUGCCUCCGCUGCCGUGCACAAAGCCUUGCAGCCCUCCCAGGGCAACAACUGACAGGAGCUGGCCAUGAAAGCCCUGGGGACAGCGAGGAGAAGCACACGAGCAGGGAGAGCUGGAGCACAGGCCAGGAGCAGCACUCCCAGUUUUGGUACAGCUGGACACUCGCAGCCCGCUCUGCGGGUCACCGUGGCAGCACGUCCCCACGGGGCGGGUCCUGCCGCGCUUUUGUGUUUGCCAAGACCUUCAGUGCUUAUGAAAUUUGCUUUGUUGUGUUGGCCUUAAUGUGUUUAUGGCUGAGGAUGAGCUGGAAAAGCGUGGCUGGUAGAGGAGGCAGGAUAGCCUUUUGUGGUGGCAGACGGGAGAGGAGUAGGGAGGUAUUAGAGAAGUAGUUGGGCUGAAAGCUACGUGUGUGGGUGAGAGAACCAGAAACUGAGCUACUAGCACUUGACGUGGAUUCCAGAGGAACAAAUCCGGCCCCAUUGAUUCAGGUGACCUGGAUAUGGGGUCUUGGUGACCAGAACAGCAACGUGGACACUCACAGAGCCUUGGAAACAAAAGAUCUUUUUCUUUUUCCAUAUUAUUAGACUUGAGAAUUGCAGAUAUUUAAAUAAAGAAACUGUAUGAAGU